AUGUAUGGCACCUCCCACUCCUCGGUUUCCGCCCCGAUGAAUGGGCUCGGAGGGGAUCUCGUUGAUGGUUCUGGCACUAUCAACCCUGCGGCUCUGAAUAAUGUCGCCGUUCUCCCUGCCCCGUCGUUUGCAGCACCGAGUACGAUUCCCCGUGGUGUCAAGCGCAGUCGGACUCCGGAUCACCGUGGGAAUCACGCAGACGGAGACCAUGACGACGAUGACCAUGGUCGUCGGAAACGCGGGCGUCCCCCAAAGGCGCAACGACCCUCCACCAGCGAUCAGUCGCCUGCUGUGAGCGUCCAGGUUCAAACUCCCCAGAUGCAGACACAACAACUCCCACAGCAACAGACUAUCGUGUCGCCGCCGCAGGCAUCACCUCCAGACAAGACUACCCCGACCAAGUCGACUCUGGUCAAGGCACUCCCCACCGUCAGAGACCACACGACCGAUCAACUGAACGAGCAGGGAGAUGAAUACAUUCCCAAAGAGUUUGACGAAGCAGGGGAGAAGAAGGUGGAUGCUAUGGGAUACCCUCAGGGUGGCCGGGAGUUUAAGUGCAGGACUUUCCGUGUUCCUCUACGUGGCAGCAAGCUCUUCAUGCUGGCAACCGAGUGCGCGCGGGUACUCGGGUAUCGCGACUCGUAUCUUUUAUUCAACAAGAACCGGUCCCUCCACAAGAUAAUCGCUACGCAGAUCGAAAAGGACGAUCUGAUUCAGCAAGAUAUUCUCCCAUACUCGUACCGGUCGCGUCAAAUUGCCAUCGUUUCGGCAAAAUCCAUGUUCCGACAGUUCGGAAGCCGGGUUGUUGUGAACGGAAGACGCGUGCGCGAUGACUACUGGGAAAGUAAAGCACGGAAACAAGGCUUCACUGAAGAGGAUUUGGCGGGUGAGAAGCGGCCGGGUGCUGCUAAAGCCCGCGAUGCCGCGGCGGCCGAAGCAGCGACUGCUUCCAGUCUCCUGCCUGCCCUGGCCCACGGCGAUGUUAUUUAUAGCAACGCGCUUGAGGCCAUGCCUUCCGAUUUACCUCUGGGACCCGCGUCAUCCGUCUCUCUAGCACCACUGUCAAUGAUUCACAUGGCAACCACGACAGACGACCCACGAUUGAGAGAAUACAGCAGUAUGCCUCGCACCCGUCAGGAAUUGACGGGUCAGCCCUUCCAAGAUCGGACACAACCUAGCACGGCAGCAGAAAUCCUCAAUCAAGCGUCACAUACCGCUGAUUUUAACAAACUUCUGGGCUCGCAACGUAAUAUUCGUCAAAAGGGACUGGAGGAUUUCUAUGCCAAAACCCGCGAUAUUCCGGUGUCUGCGGCGCAGUCGCAGCCCGGACAGCUCGACUCGAAUCCAUCUGUAUCUCAAUCACUGCAGUCUCCCCGGAUUUCUUCGGCUGGGAUGAUGAACGUGGCUCAGGCGCCGAGUAUGCUUCCUCAUCAGGCACCAAUGAUGGCUGGUCAGCCCGGUUUCCCUCCCCAGCCGCAUCAGCAGCCUCCCAUUGCGCAGUCUCCUGUCCGAGGACUGCCGCCGGGUAUGCGACCUGAGAUGAUGCAUCACAGGCCAUCCAACCCGCCCAUGCCGGCGGGAGCAGCGCCAACACCUCCUUACGGGUAUCCUCAGUCGCAGCAGAUGUGGGGUCAGCCUCCCCCACAGCCGCAACCAUCCCCGCUGUCUGCCUCAGGGCCUCAGGGCGUGAUGCCGCAGUACGCUUCUCAGCUACACGCGCCACCCCAGCAGACUCCCUCCCCUAUGCCUCACGGUGUGCAGCAACAGCACCCCUCCCAAUCUCCUCGUCACCAACCUCGUCCGUCAGCACCUCAAAUGCCGCAAUCUUACCAGUUACAUCACCCGCAAACCCCGCAACAACCCAUGACGUCUAUGGGAUUCCCUGGGGGCACGGCAGCUCCUUAUCCUGCCAUGGCCGCUGCUCGGGCCAUGUAUCCCUCCUCACAAGGUCCUGGAGGGCAGCCCUUCAUGGCGGGGAAUCCUCAACAGCCAGGUCUCGCCAUGGGAAUGAGCGCAGGUGGUGGUAUACCAGGCUGGCCGUCCGCCCCCGGUGGACCGAUGCAACCUGGACAUUCGCAACCGGGUCAGUCG